AUGUUAAAAAAAAGAUUAUCCAAACUUUUUGGGAUAAACUUAAUAUUCAAUUUUCUAGUUCAAUACACUUUAUAAUAUGGCUAGCUGUUAGAAAGUAAUUAACUUUAGGAAGGAAAUUGUGAUUAAAAUGUAGUUAAUUAACUUAAAGUAUAAAAUUUAACCGUGUAUUGUGACCCUGAUUUAUAAAUUGUAGUUGAUAUGCGUAGCUAAUCGGCUUAGAACUUAAAUUUAAUUUUAUAAAAUAAUUCUCUUUAAAAUAGUAUAGUCUUUAUGAAUACGAUUUCUCUUAGCUUUAAUCAAAUCUUACUUGAUAAUGUAUACUGCAACAACUCAAUAAUACAGAUAAAAUUUGCUGAAGAAUUGAUAGUCAAUAAUUUCAUCAUUAAGUAUGAUGGUUAAUAAUAAAAAAAGAGUACUGAGCCUACAGAUAUAUUAGGAUUUUAUGGAAUUAAAAAACUACUUUUUGGAAAUUUAGAUAUCAAAAUAGAAUAAGACAAUUUUUCUGUUUAAUCUUAUUAAUUAAUAUUAUAAUCUAAAGAAAUACAAACUAUUUAGAUUAAUUCUUUGAAUAUUUAAUAAAUAAAUCCUUACUAUUUUAAUUUUGUAAUUUAGCCUUUUUCGAAUGCCAUUAUAAAAGAAAUUAAUUUAAAUUUUUAUCAAGCUAUUUUAAAAGAAAAAAGCCAAUUUAUUUUAAUAUCUGCUCCUGUAAUUUAGGUUGAUAACAUUAAUAUUUAAAGCUAAGACUUAUACCUAAAAAACACUAAUACAUUUAGCUAAAUUUAAUUUUAAGACUUUUAAAAUUUACAAAUUUCUAAUAUCAAUGUAAACAGCUAUAACGGAGGUAAUCAGCAAAGUCUAUUAGCUUUUACAAGAAAAAACACUCCUAAUUUUGACUAAAAUCUGGAAAUAAAGGUUUUAAAAAUAGUGCAAGCUUCCAUAAAAAGUGAAAAUUAUUAAAACACAAUUAUUUAGGUAGAUGAUUCUCUUAACAAGUCUUUUUAAUUCUUAUUUACUCUUAUAAUUGAUUAAAUAGAAGUUUAAAACUCAAGUCUUUAACUUUGUAGUAUUUUAAAAGUUAAUGAUUUAAGUAAAGUGAAUUUGAAUAGUAUUACUAUUAGUAAGUUAAAUACAGAUAAAAAUUAGAUAAAAUCUAUUUUAUUUAAAUUUAUACAGUCUUAUAGCUUGGGGCAGUUAUAUAUUAACUCUUUAUAAAUUAAAAAUAUGGAGUUUCAAUAUAAUGAUGGAGGUUUAUUUUAUUUAGAAAAUUACAAAUAUUUCUCCUCAAAUAAUACUAAUUUUAUAGUUAAUAAAAGCAUUCAAGCUUUUUCAGGUUCUUUAUUUAAUAUAAAAAAUACUGCCUCUGUUUCUAUUUAAAAUUUAUUCAUAAAUUUGAGUAUUUCUUCCUCUUAAAUAAGAGUUUAAUUUGGAGGUUUUAUCUCUCUUAUUAAUGUUGAUAAUACAAUUAUUGAAACUCUUAAUUUUGAAAAUGAUUAAAAAGUUAAUUCUGUGGCUAUAGUCAAGCAGGGUGGAAUCUUAUACUCUGACAUAAUAUGUGGGUCUAUUUAAUUAUCAAACAUAAAAGCAAAUAAUUUUUAGAUUUCAGGAGAUGGAGGCUUAGCAUAUUUGUAGAAUAACUAUAUAAAUCUUAACAAUGUAGAGAUAAAGAAUUUUAGGGCAAAUAAAAAUGGUGGAGCUUUCUUUUUAGGCCAACAAGAAUCAUCUAAUAUUUGUCAAUAACCCAGCACGUUUAGUUUAAACAGUGUUUUUCUAUAUAAUUGUACUAGUUUCUUAACAGCGGGUGCUAUAUUUGGAGGUUCUGUUAGUCAGGUAACAGAUGUAAAGAUAUAUUCUUGCCAAUCUUAACUUGGAGGAGGUUUUUAUUUGACUAAUUUCAAUGAAAAUACUUACAAUUAAAUAGAUUUUAAGGAUAACAAAGCAUUGCUAUAUGGUCAAAAUUCUAUGAAUGAUGUUAACAGUGUGAAAUGCAUAAAUAUAUAUGAGUAUAAUCCACAAUUAGGAACUGAAAUGCAAAAGGUAUUCUAUGAUUUCCAGCAGCAAGAAAAUUUAUAAGUUAAAACAAAUCAACUAAUAAAUGGUCUUACAUAUGUAAUGGAGAUAGCUAUUAAAGUAGAUAAUUAAUUAAUAGAGAAUUUAAGCGAUUUAGAGAUAAAUACAAAGAGCAAUGACCUUUCUUAACAAAUUUAUGGAACAAUAGAAUAGGAUGCAAAUUAAUAAUAAGAUAGUAUAUCAAAUUUUGGAAUAGCAGAUGAUAUUUCUAACAAAUUAUAUUUUGGAUUCAAUGUACAAGCAGCAUAGACUGAUGAUAUAUUUGAUCUUAAUUUUUAGUUUAUAAAUUUAACAAACAUCUAAAGCUAAUUUCAAAUAAGCAUAAAGACCAACAUAACUUCAUAGUGUAAAAUAGGUAUGAUCUAGUAAUAAUAUAGGUACUCUCUCUUUUGUUCUUAUUGUGUAGAUUCAAUUUCGCUUGAAGAAAAUCCUACAACCUCAACAAAAUGCAAGCCUUGUUCAAACGAUUAUUUUUCUUAAUGUUAUGCAAAUUAUUCUUAUCUAAAACAAGGAUUCUGGAGAGAGAGCAUGGUAGUAGACUCUAAUUAGGUUUAGGCUUGCUCAAUACAAUAAUCUAACUGCAUUGGAGGAGACCAAUAUGGAAAUGAUGUUUGCUAAGAAGGACAUGUUGCCGUAGAGUGCUUAGAUUGUGACUUGUAUAAUUAGAGAGGAAGCGGAUCUUUUUAUAGGACUAAUCAUUAUUCGUGCACAUAAUGCAGCUAGAUAAAAUAUAAUAUUUUAAAAAUAAUAGCUCUGCUAAUUGCUAUUUUUAUUGCUAUUUUAAUUAUUUUUGCUAAUAAUUUUAGAUAGUAAACAAACUAUAUAUUCAAAAAGUAUCUUUCUGAGCUUAAAAUUAUUUAUCUUGGUAGAUCUUAUUAUAGACUUGGUUAGAGCAGCUCUUUUAUAAGGGUUUUAUCGUUCUUUUUUUAAAUAAUUAAUAUAUCUUCUUAUUUUUAGAGUUCUGUUUAUUGGAAGAAUAUUAUGAGUUUCUAAUAAGGACUAUUUAAUCCAGUUGUCAACACUCCAUUUUCAUUUGAUUGCUUUCUAGUUGAAGAAUUUAAUAUUGAUUCAAUCAUUGAACCAAAAAUAAUAAUCAUAACUAUUUUUCCUUUUAUCAUACUAUUAAUAUCUCUAAUUCCUAGUAUUGUGAAAGCAUUAUACUACAAAAAGAGCUUAAAGCAAUUUUAAUAUUCAGCCUCUUUGAUGGUUUCAUAUGGCUUUCUAACGCUUUUUUGUAUGCCAGUAAUUGAUAUUUUGAUGUCAGGAAUGUUUUGCCUCACUUUAAAUGAUGGAUAAUCAUAUUCUAUUUUAGAUUUUAAUAUCCAGUGCCAUGAUCCUUCUCGAAAUAAGUUUCUAUUUUCAUACAUACUACCAUUCUUUUUUAUAUACUCAGUAGUUAUUCCUGGCAUUAUGUUUUUUAUCCUUUACAAAAAUAGAAAUAAUCUAGAUAAAAUUAAGUAUCGUUUCCUAUUAGGAUUUCUAUAUAUAGACUAUAAAGAUAAUUUCUAUUAUUGGGAAUUCAUAAGACUGCUCAUUAAAUUUAUUCUUAUUAUAAGUAUUUACAGCUUUCUUUCUUCAGCUCUUUUGAUGGGAUUUGUUUCGCUUAGCAUCUUAAUAAUUUACUUAAUGUUACUGCAACACAAAAAGCCAUAUGUGUCUAAAAAAUUGAAUAAUAUGGAAUUCAAAUCUGUUAUAUUAGGUUGUCUGUUAUUAAUAUCACAAAUGAUCAACUAUUCACAAGAAUAAUAAGAGAUUUAAUUUAAUCAAUAAAAAUAUAUGUUCUAUGAAGUAUUUUCAUCAAUAAUAAUAAUAUUGGCUAAUAUACUUUGCAUAGUUUAUACUAUAUAUAUGAUUUUUUAAAUAGGAGGAUCAUUAUUACUUCCUCAUCUUUAUAAGAUACAAAAUAACUGCUGCUAUCAAUUCAUAGUAAAGUACUUAAAAAUAUUUGAAUAUAAAAAAUACACUUUAAGAAAAAUAAAAAACCUUUAAGCAUUCAGAAAAUUAGUUUAUAAAAUCUCUAAAGACUCAGCCAUAGAUUAUUCACAUUACCCACUGCUCGUUUCUAACAACGGAACAUUUAACAAGAAAAAGUUAAUAGAUUAAGCAAGCAUGAUCGAUGAUUCUUUUGACUUAAAAAAAAAAGAUAACUGCAUGCAUUUUAAAAAUUAAAUGGAUAAUUCUAGUUUAGACUUCUAUGUCAAUUGA